GGCCAAAACCUUUUUUUUAGUGGGAAUGGUGGACGACAAAAAUGGGCAGGGCUGAGGUUGUCUGCAUUUUGAAGCGCAGAAAGAAAAUGGCUUCCAUGGCGUCGCCAUAUUCUCACUCUCUAACCUCCAUCUACAACAAGAGAAGAUUCUCUUAUUACAAUGUUUCUUCUUCCUCCUCUCGCAUAUUCAGUUGCCAGAAGCAGCCCCAACAAGAAGAAGAUAGUUGUCUUCCCCAAAUGGGUCGCAGGGAGGUAAUACUGAGGAGCAGUGAAAUUGCAGUUCUUGGAGCCAUUUUCAGCUUCAGUGGGCCUAAGCCAAACUACUUGGGAGUGCAGAAGAGUCCUCUUGGCUUAGCGCUAUGCCCGGCCACCAACAACUGCAUUUCCACUUCUGAGAACAUCAGUGAUCUCACUCACUAUGCCCCUCCAUGGAACUACAACCCUGAAGAAAAACGUGGUAAAGUGAGCAGAGAAAAAGCCAUGAAAGAGCUUCUUGAAGUGAUCAAAUCCACAAAACCAGACAAGUCCACGCCAAAGAUUGUGGAGAAGAAAGAUGACUAUGUGCGUGUAGAAUAUCAAAGUCCUAUUCUCGGGCUUGUGGAUGAUGUUGAGUUCUGGUUCUCCCCUGGCAAGAAACCCCUGGUACAAUACAGGUCUGCAUCGCGUAAGGGAAGUUAUGACUUUGAUGUAAAUCGGAAGAGAAUCAAGGCUCUUAGAUUGGCAUUGGAGAAGAAGGGAUGGUCAUCAGAAGACACUGUUUGAGGAAUUUUAGUGAACACUGAUUCAUAAAUGUAGUUUUGCAAUUUCCCACAUAAAGACAAUGAUUUGUUCUACAGACAAUGACUGUUGAUUUUCAACUUUCUUCAAAUACAUAGAUGCUAAGGUUUUUUGUCUAACACAACCUAAGAUGUAAAUGUAGUGUGUUUUUAAGAUGACUAUAGGCCCAAUAUUCUAAUAAACUUUUUUGGGCCAAAAA